AAUAAAUUACUUUUAAUUUGCUGAUGGAAAAAAAAAAAAGGGGAAAUUCGUGCGAGCGAAACGCACCGUAUUACUGUCCCUCUAUGUUAUUUUCCUUUCCGAACGUGGCGAAAAAGGAGGCAUAAAAUUCGGCAAAAUCACCCUAGAGGAAAUCACCUUUAAAACGCAUAGCAGAACGAAUGCUGCGACUUGGACUGCGACUGGGCGCCACCAUGUCGUCCGCCGUUGCCACCUUCUCAACAUCAUCGCAAUCCUCAUCUCUCUUCGCCAUCAGAACCAAUUCUAUACUCUUCAACAAUGGAGGCCUUCGCAGUCGCGUCGCUUUCCCCGCCCGCCUCAUGCGCUCACCUUCGCUUCGCUGCUUCGCAUCUUCUAGCGGAUUCGACAGAGUUCUGGUUCAGAAUCCGGUCGUCGAAAUGGACGGUGAUGAGAUGACAAGAAUCAUUUGGAGGAUGAUAAAAGAAAAGCUUAUAUUUCCUUAUCUAGACUUGGACAUAAAGUACUUUGAUUUAGGGAUAUUGAACCGCGAUGCGACAGAUGACAAGGUCACCAUAGAAAGUGCUGAAGCUACUCUUAAGUACAAUGUUGCAGUCAAAUGUGCUACAAUAACUCCUGAUGAGACAAGAGUGAAGGAAUUUGGACUAAAAUCUAUGUGGAGGAGCCCCAAUGGCACAAUUAGAAACAUCUUGAAUGGUACUGUAUUCCGUGAACCUAUCCUGUGCAAGAAUAUACCAAGAAUUGUUCCUGGUUGGAAAAAACCUAUAUGCAUUGGUAGGCAUGCUUUUGGUGAUCAGUAUCGUGCAACUGAUACAGUCAUUAAUGGACCAGGAAAGCUUAAGAUGGUUUUUGUCCCAGAAGGUGGAGGCACCCCAAUGGAGUUAGAUGUCUACAAUUUUAGAGGUCCUGGUGUUGCACUUGCAAUGUAUAAUGUUGAUGAGUCUAUUCGUGCCUUUGCUGAGUCUUCCAUGUCGUUGGCAUAUGAGAAGAAGUGGCCUCUUUACUUGAGUACAAAAAACACUAUUCUGAAGAAGUAUGAUGGCAGGUUUAAGGACAUAUUCCAGGAGGUAUAUGAACAAAAGUGGAAGCAGAAGUUUGAAGAACAUUCAAUAUGGUAUGAACAUCGACUUAUUGAUGACAUGGUAGCUUAUGCAGUAAAAAGCGAAGGUGGAUAUGUUUGGGCCUGCAAAAAUUAUGAUGGAGACGUUCAGAGUGACCUACUUGCUCAAGGAUUUGGUUCUUUGGGUCUAAUGACUUCAGUCUUGCUGUCUUCUGAUGGAAAGACAUUAGAGGCUGAAGCUGCUCAUGGGACUGUAACUCGGCAUUUCAGGCUAUACCAAAAGGGACAAGAAACCAGUACAAACAGUAUUGCUUCCAUAUUUGCAUGGACUCGAGGACUGGAGCAUAGGGCCAAACUAGAUAACAAUGCAAGGUUGUUGGACUUUGUUCAUAAGUUGGAGGCCGCUUGUAUUGAGGUAGUGGAGGCAGGAAAGAUGACCAAGGAUCUUGCCCUUUUAGUGCAUGGACCCAAGGUAUCAAGGGAGUUUUACUUGAACACAGAAGAAUUUAUUGAUGCUGUUGCACAAAAUCUUGAGUCAAAGAUUCAGCGACCUUGCACGGUGUAAGUAGAUACACUGUUUUCCUAUUAGACAAUCAUAUGGGGAAGUUUGGAGGAUCAGAAGAAUCUUGUGAAGGGACCAUAUUUAUUUGGCCCUUGUUUAAACUUGAUAUUGGAAAGGGCAUGAAUUGAAAUGGACUAACCAGCAACAAGGGAGUUCAAAGAUAGCAGAAUGAGGUGCAUAGCCAAUUACUGAAUAUUAGACAUAUAAUUGAAAAUGCUUUGUCUUUCCCAAUAAGAUGCAGCAGAGAAUUGUCAUUCAAUUAACUCAUUGUCUCCUAGUUUUUAUUUUUUUCUACAGUAAAAAAACUUGAGAAAUGACUUUUUCAUGAUCUGAAAGCGAUUAAUUGUUUCAAAAUCAAUUAUUUGUUGCCAU